AUGUCGAGCAGUCCAAUAUCUCAGCUCGCUGCCGACACUCUGGCCCACGCGAGCGAGCCCGCUGUUGCAUCCACCGCAGCCGUAGCUCUGCUUCUCCUGUUUGUGCCCGCUGCAAGGAAGUUCGCUAUCAACGUCGUCUGUCACAUCUACGCCGCCAUUGUCCAUCGACCCUUCCGCGCCUCCACCACGGACUUUUUCUUUUCCUCCCACGAGGCGCCCUUGCCACCCACCCACUCGUUGUGGUACCUCGUCCAAGCGUCAACCACUCUCAAAUGGCGAGCUCAGUCAAAUCGACUUCGGCACGAAAAGGAUAUUCGUUGGGACGACAAGGAUGCUGUCAAGCAUGGCGAUAUGAUCGAAGCCUGGGAUCGCAUCACAGAGUGGGAUUCGCAAUGCUUUCAUCCUCACAAGCUCGAGCAGCUCCGUAAAGUCGGCGAUCCACUGGCUGACGACGCCUUAGACCAACUUGAAAACACGUCUGCCGACUCUCAGAGUCACUCGAGCGACACGCUGCUCAAAAUCUAUCAGCAAACGCUGGCGCACGACGCUUCCAAAGAUCAGCCAUCAGCCUGUUCGGCCUUUUGGAGAGCAAUAGACCGUAGACCUCCGCCUGGGUCAGGAGCCCUCGGGCUGGAUUGGUACCGAUCGUGCUACGGCCAAGAUGCGGUGCGCGAUCUUCCUCAGUGGCCGCGCUACCCUUCCACCAAGCAAAAGGAACCGAUCGCGAACCUGCCGACCUGGACGCCGCAACAACACGCGGCUAUUGAUGCCCAAGAUGAUCCGGCGGAGCUUCAAGCCGAAGCCGAAGUGCUGCGAAGAGGACAGCAAGUCUUCUAUCGCUACGCCGGUCCCAUGCUCACCGUUUUGCUUCAUUUCAGCCUGGCAGGUGGUUUCGCAUCGCCAAGAAUUACCCAAGUGCUCAAGCAGACCGCCUAUCUGGUGCCCAACACCAGCGUCAGCCACGCAAAUCAAGACGCAUCGGGCAGCAGUUCGAGCCUUCCUACCGUGGAAGAGCUACGAACAACCUUCAAGGUCGACAAGGCGCGCGCCGAUCGCACCUGGAGCCGUCUUCUGGAGACCACUCAGUUCAUCUUGGACGUGGUCGAAAAAGUUGUCAGCCUGCGUCCUCCCAGCAUUUCUGCUGCCUCGGACCCAACAGCAAGCAAGAGCGAUUCGCGCCUUGCACCUCUUGAGCGAGGGGGCGAGGGCUGGCAGUCCGCUGUGCGCGUUCGUCUCCUCCACACCACCGUACGUCGUCGCAUCAUGAAGCUGGCCGAAAAGCAUGGCAGCGACCCCUCGACUAGCCUCGACAAUGGCUAUGAUGUCGACACGAACGGUAUUCCGAUCAAUCAGGAAGAUAUGCUGGGUACGCUAUGUGCCUUUUCUUCUGCGCCGCUCAUGAUGAUGCAAAAGAUUGGCUUGCAGCCUACUUCACAAGAGCGCAAGGACUACAUUGCUCUGUGGCGCCACGUCGGCUUCUACAUGGGCAUCGAGCCUGCUCUUUUGCGUCGUGCGUUUGUCGACGCUCACGCAGCCGACCGCACCAUGUUUUGCACCAUCCUGCACCUCUUCAAACAGGUCGAGGUCCAUACCAACCAAUCUGGCGAGCAUCGCACGACGCUGCAGCCAAGGAUGCAGGGACCUACCAUUCCCGUCUUGAUUGCGUGCGCCGACCGCCCACCUUUCCACACUCCGCUUUCGGCCCACGUGGCCAUCUCUCGCCGCCUGCUUGGCAAGUCUAUGGCCGACUCACUCGCUCUACCAGCCUCGUCACCUUCACGCGAGGUGCUGACCGACGUACUCUUCGCGGGAAUGAAAAUGACCAUUCUGUUCGGCCAUUUGUAUCCACGCAAAUCGUGGGAGGAGCGCAAGCUACAACUCGCCCGACCGCUGCUGCGACGACUCAUCGUGUUCAGCUUCGGCAACAAACGCACCAAGUUCGAGAUGCCCGUCCCAACAACAUCGGCAUCGGCAGAAACACAGAGCACCGACAAGGGCAAUAUCGAGACUCAGUCUCACGCACAUCCGGAUGUGCCGGAGGACAAGCAGCUCAUCACGCAGCUUGCACGCGAGUGGCGCCGGUUGAUGAGGGAGAUGUAUGCCGUGCUUUUCCUUGUCGCCUUGCUUAGUCUCACUCCGGCUGUCUACCUCUCCCUGCGACUCUUUGGUCAUUAUUUUUCGUCGUAG